AUGGCUUCGAGAUCUCCGAGCCAAUCUGAGGGCGAAGUCCUCAGCUCAGACUCGGACACGAAGGCAAAGAACAUACCAUCUUCCCGCAAUAACAGCAAGAUUGACCGUCAUACUAGACCUUACUUUUCAUCGCAUGGCCCAUCCAGAUCGCACCGAUCACGCUCGAGAUCACCCUAUCGAGCGUCCAGGGGUGAGAAGCGUCCACGAGAGAACGACCAUUACAGAGGUAGACCGAUCAAUGACGUGCGGAUUUCCGACGUCAAACACGAGUCUGGCAGGUACGCCCAUCAACGGCAUGACUCCUAUGAAGACCGAGGUUCCAAACGAUAUCGCACGUACUCUCGCAGCCGGAGCAGAAGUCGAUCACCUUAUAGGCAUUCGCGAGCUGGAGACAGCGGAAAAGACAGACCAGACAAUGCAGUUGACAGGAGUGAAACCGACCAAGGAAGGUCGGGCAGGCAACGAGCGCCGGGUAUGGCCACAGAUACGGCAUCAUCGCACCGGGGGAAAGCCGUUCGGUUCAACACCGGCUCUAACGUAUCCAGGCCCGGCGCACCGCCAUCUGAGACAGGGGUCGAUCAGAUCAGAGAUCGAUCUGAAUAUUCGGGCGCUGUGCAAGCAGAGAGCAUGACUGACGGUGUUGAGGAACCCAAAGUGGUUGACGAAGCAGCCCUCAUCGAGGAACGUCGGAAGCGUCGCGAAGCGAUCAAGAACAAAUACCGCGGUCAGGCUCCGCCUCUGUUGGCCCAGGCCCUUCACCUAGGAGGGGGUUCAACUCGUGCCAGUCCUGCGCCUGACACUGAUGUGUCCACUCCACAACGGUCUGAAUCGCCCACUAGCUCGUCGCCGCGCACGCCGCGAGAGAUCUCUGCUGUUCAAUCUCCCGCCGAAGUCAACUUCGAUGCAGAUGCAGACUUGACUAACUCUGGUAGAGGCUCUCCUGCGGGGGAUGACCCUUCAGCUGCAGACUAUGACCCCACCGUGGACAUGGAGGAUGAAAGAGCUCGCCAUGAUAAAAGUAUGUUCAAGGAGGAUGACAAGUCCCUGGAACAGGCCGAUCAACAUGUGCUCGAGCAAACACAUGCGUCAUCUCAAAGUACUUCCAAACAGGCUACCGAUUUCGACAUGUUUGCCGAGGAAGAUGACGACGACAUGUUUGCGGACGCUGCACCGAAGCCCAAAGAGGAGACCAAAAUCGCUCAAGCAUUGGAUGUCAACAUGAUGGACAAUUGGGAUGAUCCAGAGGGCUAUUACAUCACAAUUCUUGGUGAGCUGAUUGAGGAUCGGUAUCAUGUCACACAAAAUCUUGGCAGAGGAAUGUUUUCAUCUGUUGUUCGAGCCAUGGACAAGCGCACGGGUAAGCCGGUGGCUAUCAAGAUUGUUCGCAACAACGAGACGAUGCGCAAGGCAGGUAUGAAAGAAAUUGACAUUCUCAAGGACAUUGCCGCCAACGAUCCGGAAGACAAGAAGCAUAUUAUCCGCCUGGAACGUUCUUUCGAUCACAAAGGCCACUUAUGCAUGGUCUUCGAAAAUCUGUCGAUGAAUCUGCGAGAAGUGCUGAAGAAAUUCGGCAGAGAUGUGGGAAUCAACCUCAAGGCCAUCCGAGCUUAUGCCCAACAGCUCUUCCUGGGGCUCAGUCUUUUGAGGAAAUGUCAAUACAUUCAUGCUGACCUCAAGCCCGACAACAUUCUGGUGAACGAGGCAAGGAGUACUCUCAAGAUAUGCGAUCUAGGUUCAGCGUCGCCUAUUACGGAGAAUGCUACAGCACCGUACCUUGUGUCUCGAUUCUACCGAGCUCCUGAAGUCAUUCUUGGUAUCCCCUACGACUAUGGCAUUGAUAUGUGGUCCAUAGGCUGCACACUGUUCGAGCUCUACACGGGCAAGAUCUUGUUUACAGGGCGCAACAAUAAUGGCAUGCUUCGAGCGAUUAUGGAAUGUCGGGGAAAGUUCCCCCACAAACUCUUGAGGCGGGGUGCGCUGGCCUACGAAUAUUUCGAUGAUUUACUCAAUUUUCGGGCUCAAGAGACGGACAAAGUCACUGGUCGUACUGUUAUCAAGAUGAUUGAUAUCAAGGCCAAACCAGUCAGAGACCUGCGGUCCCGGUUGAUGCCCAAGGACAAGCGGAUGAACGAGCAAGAACGAAAGGAAAUAGAAUCGUUUGUUGACCUGCUGGACAAGUGCUUGGAUUUGCGGCCAGAGAAAAGGAUCACACCAGUCGAUGCAUUGAAGCAUCCAUUUAUCACGAGGAUGAAGACAUAG